AUGAAAAUCACUCCAUUUCUCAUCGCAAUCCUCCCGACCCUAGUCUCUGCCAAUGUCGGACUCAGCUGGAGCAUCGCCAACGUCUCCUCCUCGGGCCUAAAAGACAUCACCUUCCCAAUAGCCAUGCCCAAUGCCAAGCACGAGGGCGGCCUCUACUUCGCGCAGCAAUACGGUUUCGUCGGAGCCGAUGGCGUCGGAUACACAGGUCUACAGCCUAUGGCCGACAGUUCAAACGGAAGUAUGGUCCAUGCUGUGUUUUCGAGCUUUGUCGCAGGGACCAAAAGCACAGAUACAGAGAACUGCAGCGAUGGUGCAGAUGGUGGUCCUGGCGUGAGCUGUGCCGUUGAAAUCCCUGCGCCAUAUUCACACCCAUACAACCUGGUGAUCAAGAACACGCACGGAACCACCUGGACUGGAACCCUCAUCGAUGCGGUCCUGGGCAACGCAACGCGUAUCGGCUCAUAUACACUCCCUGUUGGCUCUGGUGGAAUCGGUUCCUCUCAGGCAGGCUUUGUCGAGUAUUUCCUGUUCAACGUGGAGGACGCGGAGGAGAAGGGUGAAUGUGGGAAGGUGCCACGCGCGGAUGUGACAUUCUGGCCACCUAGAACUAAUACCUCCCGUUUGGGUGUUGGGGAGUUGAGUGAGCCCCAUGCGUACAGUGGUUGUGAGGAGGAGGGCAACUUUAAGACGACGCAGGUCAAUGGAGGGGGAUACAAGAUUACCUGCGCUCAGGGAUUCUAA